UGUUCGCUUGUCAAGGUUGCGCGCGGCCGGCAUGCAUGGACGGUACAGUGACCUGAUUGCCAGUAGCAACAGACCAAGCGAUCGUUGAUCGUUAUCCGCUGAGUGCACUGUGGCGGUGCCGGUAUGGCAAUAACUUGACAGUGUGGUGGUCUGCUUAUUAUUUGUGUGGAGUUUUUAGCCAACAAAACACUGCAACGGCAAGUGAUCAUAUUAUGGCAGUGCUUGGUGUUCGGUUAUACGUCUGGGUCAGGCGUGCUAACUGGAUAUUUUUUGUCCUGCAGCUCUGACUGUUAAAGUUAAGAUGGAGAUUUUUUAAACUGAAAACUCCAGCAAGGGCAAACACAUCUGAGUCUUUUGUCAGUUUUGGAGUAUCGGCCUAAUUUUUACUGUGGAACAAAAUACUGCGUUUUGGCGGACCCUGGAGUCAUGAUCAACAUGUACAUUUCCCAGGAGUUCUGAACAGCUGUGAGAACAAUCAAGAUGCCCCAGAAAAAAAUAUCCAUAGUUCCACCAGUGGUGACUGCUGAUGACUUGGAGGACUUCUUGGCCACUGAUGACCUCUUUGUUGACUACUUCAAUGCAUUCCUUCAGCUUCCUACCUUUCCAGAACCCCUCAUUUUCAACAAGGAAAAGCGUGGUUUUGAGGUAGUGACUUCUGCCAAGCAGGCUCUGAAGGAGAAGAUUCGAUCUCUGGUCCGCUCCCAGCAAAAACCCAACCCGAUAUACACUGCUACAAAAAAGUUCAUGAAGUCGAAACUACCACUUGGAGCGAAGCUGCCAAGUGGACCGUUGUAUACAGAGGAAGAUUUUGAUGUGAAGACCAGCUUCAUGGUGCAGUGUCUCAACAAGGAGCAAGGAAUUAAGUGGAUUAAAGAGGAAAGAUUACCGGCUUUCUUGCAGAGUGAUACUUACUUGGAAUUCAGAUUGGCCAAACUUGUCUCACAGGUAGAGAUUGCUGCUAAAGACAGUGACGUGCCCAUUCACCUGUAUGUUGAUCCUACCUACACUCCAUUUGCUAUUGAAAAACCACCAGUUGUUGAACAACCUAAAGUGGAUGAGCAAGGUAUUGCAAUGCGUCAAAUGUUUGUCUGCAUGGGAGAAGCUCACCCUACGCAAUCCAAGGAAUGGUUUAGUGAUGUUAAGAUGAAAUCUAGCACAACCACUACCAAUUCAGUACAGCCACGGAGUUCAGAUGGUUUCAGUAGCUCACGACCGGCGAGUGGUCGGCCUUUGAGUGGUCGGCCACUCAGCUCAUCAAUGAGUAUUUGGGAUCAAGUGACAGCUGACAGUGGGAUUGGAAGCCCCUGGAGACAAGACUCCUUCAGUAACUCCAACUUCGACCCAGUGAGCUUGGAUGAUAUUCCUAACAGUGACAAGAUGUUUCAUAGUCCUCACAGGUUACGCUCACCACCUGUUUGGCGACCUCCUAUCGGUGAUGAUUCUUGUAUGGUUGCAGAGAAUGUCAGAAACAGUGGAAGCUAUAGUGGUCCUGUGCAUGUAGCUACAGUUGAAUCCAAACCAAAAGUAUCAGCAGAGGAGUCACUGGAUGAAGUUGAAGAAGAUGAAAAACUGAGUACUGAGAGUGGGUUUGAUGCUGAAAGUCAACAGCUUAAUGUAAGCGAUAACGAAAAUGAAGAAGACUUACCCGAACUCCAGCCACAACCGAUCCGAGUCUCCACUCUGGAGGACAUGGCGACUGUUGUCGUGUCUUUUGCUAUUAAGUCUGCCAUUACAAUGGCAACAGAUCUAUCCCAAGAUGAAAUCGAUACCUACAUUGAUGAGAAUAUUUUGAAGGCACUUGAUGUUUGUAGUGCUGAUUUGACUGAAGAGGCAUUGCACACCAUGGAGGUAUCUCUAUCCAUGGAACAGAAGAGGCCAUCAAUACUGAAAAAUGGCUUGGAUGUUCAGGAUGACUUGAGGACAAACAGUCGAAUAUCUCUAGCAACUGUGGGCCAAGAUGAUGUGGAAGAGGACUCCUUAUUUGACAGUGACAAUGAGAAUGACACUGAUGAAAUUAAGGACCCAUUCUUCUCGAAGCUCAGAUAUAGUUUUGAUUUGAGUAACAAAAGAGGAUUGGAUGGGUUCAAAAGAUUUCUUUGGGGUACAGCAGGAGAAAAAAUUUGGAACCUAUGGUUGGAUGUGGACCGUGGAUGUAUGAUUGAUGACACAGAGGUGCAACAACAUUUUUUGGGCCAGUUACGAGAUAAAUAUUUGAAGUCUGGUGGGGUUUGUGAGCUGCCAAGAGAGGUAUUGCAGUCUCUCAGACUUGAUGCACCAUCCAAAUGGACAAGUAUCGACAGAUUAGCCAAGAUACAACCCAACAUUAUUGCACCACUUCUCCUAUAUUGGGCUCCUCGAUUCCUAAUGCGGGAAAUGUACACUGGCAGCAGCAGUAGUGUAGCAACAACCAAUCAGAUCUACAACUACCAGAAGCUUCUCAACAACAGCAGCAGCAGCAGCAGCCAUCCUGAGCCUAGGACUGUCACUCUUCUACCUCUGCGACCCAAGACAUGCUGGCCAAAACUUAGACACAGUAUAGCUCUUCCAACAGAAGCAUCAAAUAGAAGAAAGACGUCUCCAAGUCCCCCUCAAAGCCGCCAAUCCCAACACAGCAAGACGCUGCCCAGUCUGCCCAUCUCCAGCUUAAUGACUUCAGUCACUCCCAAGAAGCCUACUCAUCACUCUAAGACAGCUUCUCCAUCAACACCUCGAAAGAUUACCAUUAGCAUUGGGUCCAAGAUGAAACCUAGCCCUCCUACAUCGCCUCCACCUGUUGACUCCCGUUCAAUUAAUAAGAAUCUCAGCAGCCGGACUGCUUCUGCGGAUGUAGCUUCUGAAAUACUAGAACAAGGAGAUGCUAGAUUUGGUGGUAGCAGUGGGAUGAACCAAGAAAGAUCAGUGACUAUAGGAGCUGAGGAAAUUGUUGGUGAGAAGGAGCAGGAGAAAAGUCAAGCAAGACCAAACACACCCUACAAGCCCAAGCGACCAAGCUCUGCCUCCUCUACAUCAAGUAGUGUUGCCACAGAGGAAAGUGAGUUCCUUGGAGGAAAUCGAAUGGAGAGUUUAUUAGAGGGACUUUAUCAUGAAAAGAAGGCAGGAGGAUUCUUCAUGGCUUAUCUGGAGAAACUAGACAACCCUACUCUCAUCAACUGCCUGAGUUGUUGGCAUGAGUUGCAGGAUUACCAUGCACUCUUCUAUGCAGAUGUCUUUGAUUCAUUUAGUCUACAUAGAAAAGCUCAGGCCAUCAAUUCUAAGUACAUCGUUCAUUGCUGCUUUUAUGACAUUGAGUGUUCCUCAGCUGUCCGGGCUCAGAUUUAUCGCGAAGUGUCUCCUCCAUUCGAGGAACUAUUUGAUGGUGCAGAGGAACAUGUUCUGGAAAUGCUAGUGAAGCCUUGGUCACAGAUGAAGGGUAGUGAUAUGGUCCUCUACAAUAAGAUUGAAUUAAUCUCUGAGGAGAGACAGCUGGAUGCAAUGAAUACCAGACAGCUGAAGAAUCUAACAAGACGAGGCUUCAUCAAAGAGCGAAUCUCUACACCUGACUUCAUGCUGGAUGAGGAUGAUGAGAGUAAGCAGGAAGCUUAUUACCAAGCACUCAGAGAGAAGAUCCCUGAGGAGUUCAGAGACUAUGACUUCAACAAACUCAUCCACAAUCGGCUGGAAUUGGAACACUUCCGCAACUUCCUAGAGGAUAACUACGCCAUUACUGACUUGAUGUGUUGGAUGGACAUAGAAUCUUUCCGCCGUACACCUUACCUUGAUGCCAACAAACGGGACACAAAAGCCAAGGAUAUCAAGACAAGGUAUCUGAAUAAGAAGUAUUUCUUUGGUCCCAACAGUCCAGCUACAAGACCUCAGCAGAAUCUGGUGAUGCAAGCUGGUGGAGGCUGGGGCAAACUGCUUUUAGAUCGACCUCCUGACCCCAUCCUGAUAGAAGCUCAGAAAUAUGUCCGUCAACGCCUAGAGCGAAAGUGGCUUCCUAUGUUCCUUCAGAGAGAAGAUUUCCAGGAGAGACAGCGGCCUCAUAUCAAAAUGGAGGACGUGGUGAAUGAUGUUAUGAAUGCUAAGAAACUGCGUUCCAUGGCUAUCUAUAGGAUUCUUGAAGGACGAUGGGUGUCAUCAUCUCGUGACAUCAUCGCCUUCCGCCAGGCUUUGAUGAACCCCGUCACAUGCAGUCACUUCAGGAAAUUUGUAUCUGUCAAGGGAGACAACUUGGAAAAUGAUGUACUUUUUUGGCUGGAGGUUCAGAAAUUUAAGGAUAUGUACCACUCCCAUAGUGAUGAGUCUAUCAUCCAACAAAAGAUACAAGCCAUCCUUCGCUGCUUCAUCAUGUCUGAAAUUCCUCCCAAUCUUCACAUUGAUAUCACUCCUGAGAUGGCUGAGAAGAUCAUGGAUAAAAGACCAAGAGAAAUGGGUCCUUAUGUCUUCAGAGAAACCCAGAUGACAGUUUUCAAGGUACUGUUUCAACACUGGGCUGACUUCCAGAAAUAUCGCACUUCCCUGUCAGAAGAGAAAAUGCUGUAUGAUCUCGAGAGGAAGAGAAAGAAACUACGACGUAAGGAGAUGGAGAUGAGGCGAAUGGAGGAAGAGAAGGAGGCCCGUAAGGAUGAAGAUGACCAAAACAGCAUAGGUUCCAAGUCCUUGAGUCGCCGUUUCAGUGUCUUCGCCGAGUUCUUGGAUGAAGGAGAAGAUGAGGAGGAUUAUGAAGGACAAGAAAAAGUUCACUGGAAAUAUUCUGACUAUAUGACAGCACUGGAUAGAGAACAGAAAUUGCUGCAUGGAGAUGAUAGAGCAUCGAGCAUAUUGUCCGCUAUUGACAGCUACACUGAGGAACAAAACUCACAGGCUAGAUCUAGCAGGACUCCACAGAGUGAACAGGGUACUGACUCAUCAGACAAAGGGUCCAAAGGAAGAUAUAAGACCAGAAACAAGGCUGACAGCCAACCCCAGGGCAAAGAGGUCAAGAAAAAGGUCACCAUGAAUAUACCAACCAAGGUUGAAAGUCAAGGGUCACUGAAAAAAUUGGCCAACGGAAAGGAGGUUUUGUUGAAUGGUCAUCAAAGAGAAAAAGGAAAGAAAAGAACACCGGCUGUAAAUGGCUCAAGGAAGAGAUAAAGCCAAUGGACGCACCAAUCACAAAAUAGUAUCGGAAAUUGGACCAAAAAGGUCCAAUUGCCUUGCAGAGGUUCUUACAAUUUCAAUCCCACCUACUUUUAAAAUGCAGAUUUUGUAAAAUAUAUUUCUGUACAAAUGAUAUUUAGUGAAUUUUUGAAUAGCAAUAGUCAGCAAUGAGCUGUUUUGUUUCAACACAAGUUAACACUGUGGUGUAAAUGUUGCAUUACAUACAGAGUCGAUUGAAUUCUACGCAUCACUGUCUUUUUGUGUGUAUUUUGCCAUACAUUUCAAUUUCACUUCUGUUUAUGUAUAUACACUUUUAUUUAUGUUUAGUGUUUGCUGUACUCUAUGUAUAUUUCGUUCUUGGUUGAAGUUCAUCUAAAUAUAAACUUAAGUGCCUUAAUAUUGCUGCCUUUGUUGCACAAAAACCUUGGACUAAAAUUCAGCCACAAUAGAAGUACAUGUAUAUUGACAUUUUGUUAACUGGAUUUUCUAAGACUUUUUCACGAAAUGCAAAUUUUGUGUGCAUGUGUGUGUGGUUUUUAUUUAAAACAGUGUUCAAAUAAUGUCUAUUUUUCAUGACAGGCUUUUGGAAAUACUCUUCUCAAACUGUUUUAAAGUGUACAUAAUGUGUUUAAAUGCAAAUUUUAUUCAAAUUUGUUUGUUCACUAUUUAUGCCAUUGUGUUUUCCCAAAUGUUUGCGGACGAACAGAUGUAAUAAUUCCUCUAAACCUUGCCACGUUGCACUGAAAGAGUAGUAAAGCUAGACAUUGUAUUGAAAUUGUUAGCACCUUGUGUGAAAGAGUAACAUAUUAAAGUGCUCUUAACAUUUUUUUAAUUUUAAAUGUACCCGCACAGUUCAGGUUCAGUAUAUUGGUAGGUUUCAUAUUGGAUAUCACAGCAUGAAAAUCUGACACCCAACUGUGUUGUGAAGGAUAUGGAAUGUACAGAGAGACGAGUUUUUGUUGAUGUAAGAAGGGUAUAUUUAGACCUUUCAGCCUUUUUAUCAAGCUGUCAAGGGUUACAUUUACCCUUCUGUGGUUCAACAAACACAUCAUAUAGCCCUUAGAAUUUAAUGAGCUUGGAAACAAAUAUUUACUUUCUUCAGGUAAGCAAUAAGUGCUGCUAAUGUGUGCUUGAACUUUUUAAAUUGUUGCCAAAUAGAACAAAAUAAAUAGACUAAAUUAAGGAGUUGCCAUUACUGCGGCGGCACUGCACUUGAUGAAUGUAUGCAUUUGGCAAAUCAUGAUACUCUAUUGGUCAAAGAGUUAUGUAAUGCAAACAUGCAUGUACUACCUGUCCAUGAACGUUGUGCUACUGUAAUAAUGGCUUCUAAUUCUAGUCACUGAAUAACACUGCAAUUCACAUACAGAUUCAACAUUUAGUUAGAAAGGAAGAAUGGUAUCAACCUGGCAUAAGACAGUUGUGUCCACCAAUCUGUAAAAAUGACCAACAGAUUUUUGAAACAGGUGAAUAUGGAUAAAUGUACAUGUAUAUGUAAAAGCAAUGGUCCCAUCCGUAGUCUCAAAAGUACUGAGCUUUGAGAAUUUCUUUUGGAUGAAAGUAACUGAUUAGGUUUUGUUACCUGUUUUAAUUGUUUAAACGGAUUGGCCAUAGAACAAUAAAGCCCACACAGGUUGCUGAAGACUACAAAGAUAACAGAACAAAAAUAAAAUAUGGGCCAAAAAAUA